AGUAAGUGCUUCAUCCAGUGCACAUCAUCCAAAGAUGAAACCAAUGGCAUUAGACAUACUCGUUUUCCUACUCUUCCUCUUCUCACAUGAUUUCCACUUGAAAUGCAAGGCCGAGACAGAAGCAGAGGCACUUCUGAAAUGGAAGAAUAGCUUGUCCAAUCCUGAAUCUCUGAGCUCAUGGAGCCUGACCAACUCCACCAACCACUGCCACUGGUUUGGCAUCACUUGCAACACGGCCGGUAGCAUAGUUGAGCUCAACUUGCCAGACUGCAGCCUCGAUGGCAACCUCGACGAGCUAGAUUUUACUUAUCUAUCAAAUCUCACCAAACUCGACCUCAGCGGAAAUACUCUGACUGGUUCAAUCCCAAGAACCCUCUCUGCUCUCGACAAGCUCACUUCAUUGGAGAUCAGCAACAAUGGUUUAGAGACUUCAGAUUUCUCCGAGUUCAAAGCCAUGCCAACAUUAACACACCUUUCACUCAGAUCAAACAACUUUCCAACAAUGGAAUUGCCAUCCUUCAUACUCAAUUGCACUAAUCUAACCGUCCUUGAUCUAUCAGUUAAUGAGUUCAAUGGAACAAUGCCAGAUUCCCUUGGAACCAAUCUGGUCAACCUUCGGUGCCUGAAUCUCUCCUUCAACUCAUUCUCUGGGUCAAUACCUUCAAGUAUAGGAAACAUGGCUUCACUAGAGCACUUAGACAUGAGUUUUAAUUUAUUGGAGGGGAAGCUACCAAGCACCAUGUCUCAGCUUGAGAACCUCACGUACCUAGAUUUAUCAAAUAACAAGUUAAAUGGCGCCAUCCCUGCGGGUCUCGGACAAGGGGGUCUACUCUACCAUGCCGAUUUCAAGAACAACGCAUUCUGGGGGGUGCUGUCGGAGUCUCUGUGCAGUGGAUUCAAGCUCCAGUACCUCGAUGUCAGCUAUAACAAGUUUUAUGGAGCACUGCCGUCUUGCUUGCGCAACUGCACCGGAUUAAAACAAAUCGUGUUGACUGACAACUAUUUCAUGGGAGACAUAUCAAAGGCAUUCGGUUUGCAUCCGAAGCUCAUUUCUUUGUAUCUCAAAGGGAACCAGUUGACCGGAACUCUGUCUACAGAUUGGGGACAGUGCACUAGCUUGAUUUCCUUGAUUAUUGAAGACAAUAAUAUAUCUGGUGAGAUUCCAAAGGAAUUUGGCAACAUGAGAAGCCUGCAAGAACUGAGCUUAGCUUCAAACAUCCUGACAGGGGAGAUACCACAAGAAUUGGUAAACUUGAGCUCGUUAUGGAGUCUCAAACUCAACAACAAUAUGCUAUCAGGCCAUAUCCCAAGAAUUAGCCUCACGACUCCGCUCAUUGUUCUCGAUUUGUCAGGAAACAAACUAUCAGGACAGAUUCCAGCAGAGAUCGGAAACUCCAGCUCGUUAUCAUCACUUGAUCUCAGCGACAACUUGUUAGCGGGUCAUAUAUCAGAGAAGCUUGGUGACCUUACGAAUUUAAUGCAACUAGAUUUGAGCAGCAAUGAAUUAUCUGGGUCAAUUCCUUCCAGCUUAGCAAGGCUUAAAGCUUUGCAGCAGCUCAAUUUGUCUUACAACAACCUCGCAGGUCAAAUCCCUGAAGCAUUCUCAGGCAUGUAUAGUCUAUACUCCAUUGAUUUCUCUUAUAAUAAGCUAACAGGGCCGAUUCCUUCUGCGAUAGUUUUCUACCGAUCAUACGAGGCUUAUUUCGGUAAUGCUGGUUUGUGUGGAGAUGCUUUGGGUUUACUCUCGUGUGGGUUCAGUACCUCAGACCAAGGAUCUCAUAAGAAACACACAACACUACUUAUCGCCAUCACUGUCCCGGUGGCUGGAUGUUCCCUGAUGCUGCUAGUCGCCAUUGCAACAGUAUGCCGUAGACAUCGAACCAGCAAAGUCACCGAAACUGAAAACCAUUCCUUAGUGUGGGAUACAGGUCUCAAGUUUAAAUUCACAGAUGUCAUGGAAGCCAUUGAUGACUUCAAUGAAGCAUACUGCAUAGGAGAAGGAAGUUUUGGGGUUGUGUACAGGGCUGAACUGCCCUCUGGCCAAGUAUUGGCUGUGAAACGACAGCAUUUUUCUGAUGAGAGUGACAUUCAGGAAAACAAUGUAAGAAGUUUCCUAAAUGAGAUCAAAUUUUUGUUGGAGGUGAGGCACCGCAAUAUUGUCAAGCUGCACGGAGCUUGCACAAAGAAGGGUGUGAUGCACUUGGUAUUUGACUAUGUGGAGAGAGGAAGCUUAGGCGAUGUCCUAUACAGUGUGCUUGGGGGAUUGACAUUCGAUUGGGCAAUGAGAGUGAAUGUGAUCCAUGGAGUGGCUCAUGCUGUAGCUUACCUUCACAAUGACUGCUUGCAAAACAUUGUCCAUCGAGAUAUAUCGAUAAACAAUGUCUUGUUAGACAAUGAUUUUGAGCCGAAGGUCUCUGAUUUUGGAACUGCUAAGAUGCUGAAACAUGAUGCAUCUAGUUGGACUGCUGUUGUAGGCUCCUAUGGUUACAUUGCUCCAGAGCUUGCAUACAUGACCAAGUUCACGGACAAGUGUGAUGUAUAUAGUUUCGGAGUGGUAACACUGGAGGUUAUGAUGGGAAUGCAUCCUGGAGAGCUCCUUUUGAAUCUACCAUCAAUGUCAUCAUCCUCCCAAGGAAAUGAUCUAUUGCUGAAAGAUGUGUUGGACAACAGGUUACUCCCUCCCACAGGCCAAUUAGCUGAACAAAUUGUGUUCAUAGUGAAGGUUGCUCUAGCUUGCACUCAGACUGAUCCUGCAUCAAGGCCCACAAUGCUUUCCAUAGCUCAAGAGCUGUCAACCAGGAAAAAGUCUUACCUUUCUGAGCCACUGGGAACUAUCAGCUUCAAGAAUCUCUUACAGGUUUCAAGAAGCGGUGUACUAUUGAAAUGAGGCAUGGUCUUAAGCUUAUGAAGAGUCUUUGGAGGGACAGUGAGGUUCUGGCAAAACAGAGCUCAACUAAAGAUGAGGUUGUGUCAAAUAAUUUGCUAAUGUUUUGUCAUAUAGAUGCUGCUUGUUUCUUAUACCAACGUUGUUGGAUGUGUUAAUAUAUUAUUUUUCAUAUGCAUAGUAUAUUAGGUUACCGCUGAAUAUCAUGUAUGUCUAUGCUGGGGAACAGAGCAGGGCGUAAGAAUUAAAAUCCAAGUUGGUUUUCAGUUA